GCAGCCUCGGCGCCCACGGUCUGAGGCGGCAGCCUCAGUUCGCCAUUGUGAGCCGCCGCCGGGGGAGCUCGCACGCGCCGCGGUCCCCCCGGGGUCCCCUUCGGCACCGUGAUGGGGCACCUGCCCACGAGACCGCGCGGCGGCCGCAGCCUCCUGUCUCUGCUGUGGCUCUUUGUGCUGCUCAAGAAUGCCACAACAUUCCAUGUAACUGUUCAAGAUGAUAAUAGCAUCGUUGUGUCUUUAGAAGCCUCAGAUGUCAUGAGCCCAUCAUCUGUGUAUGUUGUGAAGAUAACUGGGGAAUCAAAAAAUUACUUCUUCGAAUUUGAGGACUUCAACAGCACUUUGCCUCCUCCUGUUACCUUUAAGGCUAAUUACCAUGGUCUUUAUUAUAUAAUCACUCUGGUAGUGGUAAAUGGAAAUGUGGUUACCAAGCCAUCCAGAUCAAUCACUGUGUUAACAAAACCCCUACCUGUAACCAGUGUUUCAAUAUAUGACUAUAAACCUUCUCCUGAAACAGGAGUCCUGUUUGAAAUUCAUUAUCCAGAAAAAUACAAUGUUUUCACAAGAGUAAACAUAAGCUACUGGGAAGGGAAAGACUUCCGAACAAUGCUAUAUAAAGAUUUCUUUAAGGGAAAAACAGUAUUUAAUCACUGGCUGCCAGGAAUAUGUUAUAGUAACAUCACUUUUCAACUGGUAUCUGAGGCAACUUUUAAUAAAAGUACUCUUGUGGAAUACAGUGGUGUCAGUCAUGAGCCCAAACAGCAUAGAACCGCACCUUAUCCACCUCGAAAUAUCUCGGUUCGUAUUGUCAAUUUGAACAAAAACAAUUGGGAAGAACAGAGUGGCAGUUUCCCAGAGGAAUCGUUCAUUAGAUCACAAGAGAUGGUGGGAAAAGACAAACUCUUCCAUUUCGCGGACGAAGCCUCUGAAAGUCCCUCUGGCAACAUUUCUUCCGGUUGGCCCGAUUUCAACAGCAGCGAGGAGGAGACUACAUCCCAGCCCUAUUGGUGGAGCAGCGCCCCCGCCACCCCUGAGAGUGAAGAUGACUUUGUCAGUGUCCUUCCCAUGGAAUAUGAAAAUAACAGUGUGCUCAGUGAGACUGAGAAAUCGACAGCAGGCUCGCUCUCAUUUUUUCCUGUACAAAUGAUCCUGAAUUGGUUACCACCCAAACCACCCACUGCCUUCGAUGGGUUCCAUAUCCACAUAGAAAGAGAAGAAAACUUUACUGAGUAUUUGACAGUGGAUGAAGAAGCACAUGAAUUUGUCGCAGAACUGAAGGAGCCUGGGAAAUAUAAGUUAUCUGUGACGACCUUUAGCUCCUCAGGAUCUUGUGAAACUCGAAAAAGCCAGUCAGCAAAAUCACUCAGUUUUUAUAUCAGCCCUUCAGGAGAGUGGAUCGAAGAACUGACUGAGAAGCCCCAGCACGUGAGUGUCCACGUCCUAAGCUCAACGACUGCACUGAUGUCCUGGACGUCUUCCCAGGAGAACUACAAUGGCACCAUCGUGUCCGUGGUGUCGCUCACCUGCCAUAAACAGAAGGAGAGCCAGAGGCUAGAAAAGCAGUACUGUACUCAGGUGAACUCAAGCAAAUCUAUUAUUGAAAAUCUGGUUCCUGGUGCCCAGUACCAGGUCGUGAUGUACCUAAGAAAAGGCCCUUUGAUUGGACCACCUUCAGAUCCUGUCACCUUUGCUAUCGUUCCAACAGGGAUAAAAGAUUUGAUGCUCUACCCCUUGGGUCCUACGGCCGUGGUUCUGAGCUGGAGCAGACCUUACUUAGGUGUGUUCAGAAAAUACGUCGUUGAAAUGUUUUAUUUCAACCCCGCAACAAUGACAUCAGAGUGGACAACGUACUAUGAAAUUGCAGCGACUGUCUCCUUGACUGCAUCUGUGAGGAUAGCCAAUCUGUUGCCAGCAUGGUACUACAACUUCCGAGUUACCAUGGUAACAUGGGGAGACCCGGAAUUGAGCUGUUGUGACAGCUCCACCAUCAGCUUCAUAACAGCCCCAGUUGCUCCAGAAAUCACAUCUGUGGAGUAUUACAACAGUCUGUUAUACAUCAGUUGGACGUAUGGUGAUGACACAACUGACCUCUCCCAUUCGAGAAUGUUACACUGGAUGGUUGUUGCAGAAGGAAAGAAGAAAAUUAAAAAGAGUGUCACACGCAAUGUCAUGACUGCAAUUCUCAGCCUGCCUCCAGGAGAUAUCUACAACCUCUCAGUAACCGCUUGCACGGAACGAGGAAGUAAUACCUCCAUGCUCCGCCUGGUCAAGUUAGAACCAGCUCCUCCGAAAUCACUGUUUGCCGUGAAUAAAACCCAGACUUCAGUGACUUUGCUGUGGGUAGAAGAGGGAGUAGCUGAUUUCUUUGAAGUCUUCUGUCAACAAGUUGGCUCAAGUCAAGAAACAAAACUCCAGGAACCAAUUGCUGUUUCCUCCCACGUUGUGACCAUCUCCAGCCUCCUUCCCGCCACUGCCUACAACUGUAGUGUCACCAGCUUCAGUCACAACAGCCCCAGUGUCCCCACAUUCAUAGCCGUCUCAACAAUGGUUACAGAGAUGAACCCUAAUGUGGUAGUCAUCUCAGUGUUGGCCAUCCUCAGCACUCUGUUAAUUGGACUGCUGCUAGUGACCCUUAUCAUUCUGAGGAAAAAGCAUCUCCAGAUGGCCAGGGAAUGCGGAGCAGGAACCUUUGUCAAUUUUGCAUCUUUGGAGAGGGAUGGAAAGCUUCCAUACAAUUGGCGUAGGAGUAUAUUUGCUUUCUUAACCCUGCUACCCUCAUGUCUUUGGACUGAUUAUCUUUUGGCAUUUUAUAUUAAUCCUUGGAGUAAAAAUGGUUUAAAGAAGAGGAAACUGACUAACCCAGUUCAACUGGAUGACUUUGACGCCUACAUCAAGGAUAUGGCCAAAGACUCUGACUAUAAAUUUUCUCUUCAGUUUGAGGAGCUGAAAUUGAUUGGACUGGACAUUCCACACUUUGCAGCAGACCUUCCGCUGAACCGAUGUAAAAAUCGUUACACAAACAUCCUACCGUAUGACUUUAGCCGUGUGAGAUUAGUCUCUAUGAAUGAAGAGGAAGGCACAGACUAUAUCAAUGCCAACUAUAUUCCUGGAUACAACUCGCCCCAGGAGUAUAUUGCCACACAGGGGCCACUGCCUGAGACCAGAAAUGACUUUUGGAAGAUGGUUCUACAACAGAAGUCCCAGAUCAUUGUCAUGCUCACGCAGUGUAAUGAGAAAAGAAGGGUGAAAUGCGACCAUUACUGGCCGUUCUCGGAAGAGCCCAUAGCUUACGGAGACAUCACCGUGGAGAUGAUCUCGGAGGAAGAGCGGGACGACUGGGCCCGCAGACACUUCCGGAUUAACUAUGCGGACGAGACGCAGGAUGUGAUGCAUUUCAACUACACAGCGUGGCCCGAUCACGGGGUACCCACAGCAAACGCGGCCGAGAGCAUCCUGCAGUUCGUACACGUGGUUCGACAGCAAGCUACGAAGAGCAAAGGCCCCAUGAUUGUGCACUGCAGUGCGGGAGUUGGCCGGACGGGAACAUUCAUUGCCCUGGACAGGCUCCUGCAGCACAUUCGGGAUCAUGAGUUUGUCGACAUCUUAGGACUGGUGUCAGAAAUGCGAUCAUACCGGAUGUCUAUGGUGCAGACAGAGGAGCAGUACAUUUUCAUCCAUCAGUGUGUGCAACUAAUGUGGAUGAAGAAGAAGCAGCAGUUCUGCAUCAGCGAUGUCAUCUAUGAGAACGUUAGCAAGUCCUAGUUCAGAAUCCAGAGCGGACAGGACAUGGUGUGAACCCAUCCUCCCUUGCUUCCAGAGUUUUUUAGGGGCCCUCCUGGCCAUUUUGCUAAGAAGAGCCCCUACUUUGUCACAUGAGGCCAAGGAGAUAAUCGGUCUCCCUGAAGCACCGGGAAGACUUAGCCUUAAAGAGCCUACAGUGUCUUUUGGACUCCUUCACUUCUGGACAUUUAAUAAUGGACCAAAUUCAACGGAACACCACAGAGGUCCGGACGCUCUGCAAAGGGCAGGAAGCACAGCACUUCCAGAGAGUUUCCUUGGCCCUUGGCUGGUUGGGCUGAGUUUUUUUGUUGUUAAGUGCAAUAAUUUUUGUAUGUGUGAUUUUAUCAGGAAGCUGGAUCGUUUUCUACCCACACGACCAACAAAGCCCGUAGCCCGAGAGAGAACAGGAAUUGUUAGUAUCAAAUUGUACCUCAUUGUUAAAAAGCAGCCUGGCCACACAUGAGGAAAUGUUAAUUCUACUUCAAGGAAACUGAACCAGCGAUAUCUGUGCUCCGGCAUUAAGCUGCUGGACCAGGAGCGGGGCGGAUGGAGGGGUGGAGAGAGAGAACGGUUCCUCCCAUAGAUCAACUGCAGAUCUUUUCCAAAUAUGAAAAGCUGUAAUUCAGCUUCAAAGUAGAGUAGAAAAAAUAUUUAAGUCUUAAUUGUUCUAGUUCUUGAUGGUUUUCUUCCUUAUUAACGGUUAAGUGUUGUUUUCCCCUGGGCCCUCUUGAACUAAUGUCACUGUCCAGAUUCUUUUUUCACCAAACCACAUCUGGUUCGGAGCAGUUUGAAGAAGGACUCUUAAGACUCCACUGCUGUCUGAGCAACCUUGGUGCCUAGAGUUUGCAUUCCUUUUUCUGUGGACCUGCAUACAUGUGAAAGCUAUUUCUCUUGAGAACUCCAUAGGCUGUGAAAACGCACUUUCCUCCCCCCCACCGAAGAGCUGGGGGUUUAUGACGUUAGGGCAAUGAACUGCAAGCAUGCUAGGACGAUAAUUUGGCUACUGUCAAAAAAGUUGGCUGUUGUCUCUAUGGACUCCAACGGAAGUUUCUUUUGGUUUUGUUUUCGUUUGGGUUGUCAGUUUCAUUUUAACCCGUGUAACUAGUAACAUUUUCUUCUUCUGGAUUUUGUAUAAUUACAGUACAUGGUUGUGUAUUGUGAUCUACAGGCUGUCAAGAGGGACACUGACAGCACUGUGAAGCCUGUUACUUUGUGUCACUUCCUUAAAAAUAAGAGCUGGUGGUAUGAAUACACCAAGGAAAGCUUUCAGAGCUGAGAGUAAACAGAAGCUGAUGGCUUCACUGUGGCUGUCCUGCCUUCCCGCGUGCGCUUCCGGAGGCUUUGUUCCCCGCGUAUCUGAUCACUACCCCUUGCCCUGGCUUCCCUUCACUCCUGAUCAUCUUCACGGAGCCAUGUACCUAGGAGCAGCUUAAUAAUUUAUCAGUGACCUUAGUGGCCGUGAAGGAUGCCAAGUGAGCAGCUCCGCACCCCACCGGCUCUUGUCACUGAGAAGGCCUGGCCACGGCAGACCUUGGCACGGUGCUUUGCAAGAGCGGGCCAGUGAGCCGCAGGUUCACCUUGCAGGGGGAGCGGCCGAGGACGCCCAGACCCCACCGCUUAACAGCUUGGGCUCCUCGGGCGGGCCUUGUCAGUUCUCUGCUCGCCGCCCUUCCUCCCCUUCUCGCCUGCCUGCUCCCACCUCCUGUUCUCACCCCUCCUGUUCCUUUCCCUUCUUGGCCAUGCGAAUAAUGUAUCGCUCCAUUCUCAGGGGCUAAAGAAAGGUGGCAAAUGGAUGUGUGAAAUUCUCAGAUUUUCACACAAGGACAGGUCCAGAGCGACGUAGGCCACCUCGGAUGGAGCCGAUAAGAUGCGUGGGUAAGCUGGAAUUCAUUUCGGUUUUGCAGACCGGAAUAUUACUCCCCCUGAAACUUAAAGCACUUCGUGAAUAUUUCAUGUUUUUCUUGAGCAUCCCUUCCGUGUCGGGAUCAAAUAGUACCUGAUCAAAUUUCCCAAAAGAGAUGUUGAAGUAUCCAGGGUUUAGCCUGAAGACUCAGAGCUGAGAGCACAGAAAGUUCCCACAAAAGCACUUUACCAGUCUUCCCUUCAGGGCUCUCCACGGCCGUCCCAUUGUUCACAGGGACACGAUUGCUCCUGCAGCUGCAGAAUUUAUAGCAGAAUUUAUAGGAAAGCAUCCAUCUGUCAGAAGGCAUGGAUUUUCAUCCCAACAGAUGCCUUGGGACUUCUCCCUCCUGAGUCUCCGUUCAUGAACUGUAGAAUGCCUUACCAUAGCUCCAGAUUUUUCAUAGAUAAAGAGUAAGAGCAUCAGUAGGAUACUCUGUGCUUUGUAGCUUGUCCUCUCAUGUACCCUAAAACUGCUUUAAUUAGCUUCAUUUCCCCUCCGGGAUGCAAUGUGAGCAUUCAGAGUAGAGGCUCCCAGGGCCUCUGUAUUAUUAAUAAGGGUUUUGUUGCUGCUGUUGCUGUUGUUGUAAUCAUUUGAGGAGCGCUACAAAAGUUCUGAACAUGGGUGCAAGCACAUAGAGGUCAUGAGAGCCUACAUGGUGCGUGGAAAGAGAGAAGACUUUGGAAUCACAAAAUAUUUGACUUUCAGAGUGUGGAGAUCCAAUCUCUUCACUGUGAAAGUCAAUUUCUAAAGUUAAUUGAGAAACUACCACGAGGGCCUAAUUUAUAAGGUUAAUAUUUAAUACCAAUCUACCCUUCACUACACAUUAUUAUAUGCUUUUAUUUAACUUGAAAAGGGAAAAA